CUUGAUUUGAUUUGGUAAAUCGAACAUGGCGGAUGCUGCGGCUCGCCAGCUUCAAUACGAAUAUAAAGCGAACUCAAAUCUCGUUCUACAAGCUGACGUUCGUCUCAUCGAACGCAGAAGUAGAGAUGAAGCCACCGGAGAAGUUAUGUCCCUCGUGGGCAAACUGGUCGGAACAAGAAUGGGAGAUCGUGCCCAAAGAACGAAACCUGGCAAAGCGGAGGAACGAAAAGUCAAGAGGCAAAAGCGCGACGAAGCGCAGUACGAUUUUACAAGAAUGAAGGGUGCUACUUUAUUAUCGGAGGGUAUAGACGAAAUGGUUGGUAUCAUUUAUAAACCUAAAACGCAAGAAACUCGACAAACUUAUGAGGUUUUGCUUAGCUUCCUUCAAGAAGCUCUGGGUGAUCAGCCGAGGGAUAUUCUUUGUGGGGCGGCUGAUGAAAUUUUGUCGGUUUUGAAGAAUGAUCGCUUAAAAGAUAAGGAGAAGAAGAAGGAAACGGAAGCUCUGUUAGGCAGUAUUGCUGAUGAAAGAUUUGCAUUGUUGGUCAACUUGUGCAAGAAGAUCACCGAUUUUGGAAAUGAAGAGACGAAAACUACCAAUGUUGGUGAAGAAAACAUAGACGAAACGUAUGGUAUCAAUGUGCAGUUUGAAGAAUCCGAGGAGGAAGACGAUGAGGAUAUGUAUGGUGAGGUGCGCGAGGAAAUGGACGAUGCUGAAGGGGAAGAAGCUAGAGAAGAUGUUGCAAUCCAUGCAGAGAAUCUGGGUGGUGUAGAGGAAUCCAAAAAGGAAAAACCAUUGCAUCCUUUAGAUAUAGAUGCUUACUGGUUACAGCGUCAACUUUCGAAAAUUUACGACGAUGCCAUGGUGUCGCAAGCAAAAGCUGGAGAAGUCCUCAAUGUUCUUCGCGAUGCUAACGAUGAUAGAGAAUGCGAAAAUCAGCUUGUGCUUCUUUUGGGAUAUGAUUGCUUCGAUUUCAUAAAGCUGUUAAAGAAAAAUCGGCAGUUAAUCUUGUAUUGCACCUUGCUUGCAAAAUCGCAAAGUGACUCAGAACGUCAGAAAAUAAGGGAGCGUAUGAGCGAAGAUCCAUCUUUAGCCAGAAUCCUUCGUCACUUAGAUACCGGUAAAAAUGAAGACGAAGAGGAUGAAGAAUCGGCCUCUCGGUCAUCACGACGUAAAGAUCGGCAUAACGAAGCCGAUUCCGGUACAGGUGCGCAAGUGGCGGGGUCCAGACAGCUUGUUGACCUUGAAGACCUGGUUUUCCAACAGGGCUCUCAUUUUAUGGCAAACAAACGUUGCCAAUUGCCAGAUGGCUCAUUUAGAAAACAGCGCAAAGGCUAUGAGGAGGUUCACGUCCCGGCGCUUAAACCUAAGUUCGCGGAAAACGAAAAACUAAUGCAAGUCGAUCAGCUGCCGAAGUAUGUUCAACCGGUAUUCGACGGCUUUAAAACUUUAAAUCGAAUCCAAAGCAAACUAUACAAAAGAGCUUUGGAUUCCGACGAAAAUCUGUUGCUAUGCGCGCCAACAGGUGCCGGUAAAACCAAUGUCGCGCUCUUGUGUAUGAUGCGAGAAAUUGGGAAACACAUUAAUGCGGACGGUACUAUCAAUGCGGAUGACUUCAAAAUUAUUUAUGUCGCCCCGAUGAGAUCUUUGGUGCAAGAAAUGGUGGGUAAUUUCGGAAAGCGUCUCUCCAAUUAUAAUAUAACGGUAUCCGAAUUGACCGGCGAUCACCAGUUAACGCGCGAACAAAUCGGAGCGACCCAAAUUAUUGUGUGCACGCCAGAAAAAUGGGAUAUUAUUACAAGAAAAGGGGGCGAGAAGACGUUUACCUCUUUGGUGAGAUUGAUUAUAAUUGAUGAAAUUCAUUUGCUACAUGACGAACGUGGCCCAGUCUUGGAGGCUUUGGUGGCAAGAACUAUUCGAAUGAUCGAGUCAACACAAGAAGAUGUUAGGUUGGUGGGGUUGUCGGCGACGUUGCCAAAUUAUAAGGAUGUUGCCGCGUUUUUAAGGGUAAAGUUAGACACUGGGUUGUUUUAUUUUGACAACAGUUUUAGACCGGUGGCUUUAGAGCAACAGUACAUUGGUGUUACAGAGAAGAAGGCUUUGAAACGGUAUCAGGUGAUGAACGAAAUUGUUUAUGAGAAGACUAUGGAGCAUGCCGGUCGUAAUCAAGUGUUGAUAUUCGUGCACUCUAGAAAAGAGACGGGUAAGACUGCUCGUGCCAUUAGAGAUAUGUGCUUGGAGAAGGACACACUUGGACAGUUUUUACGUGAAGGAUCAGCAUCUAUGGAGGUUCUUCGAACUGAGGCGGAACAAGUUAAGAAUCACGAGUUGAAGGAUUUGCUUCCCUAUGGUUUUGCGAUUCAUCACGCCGGUAUGACUCGUGUGGACAGGACGUUGGUGGAGGAUUUGUUUGCAGAUCGGCACAUUCAAGUUCUUGUUUCAACAGCGACCUUAGCUUGGGGUGUUAAUCUUCCCGCGCAUACUGUAAUAAUUAAAGGCACUCAAAUUUAUAACCCGGAGAAGGGACGUUGGGUUGAACUUAGUGCUUUGGAUGUUCUUCAAAUGUUGGGACGUGCCGGACGUCCUCAAUAUGAUACCAAAGGUGAAGGAAUUUUAAUUACCAAUCACAGUGAGCUACAGUACUACUUGUCAUUGCUGAAUCAACAGUUACCGAUCGAAUCCCAGCUGGUCUCCAAAUUGCCAGACAUGCUAAAUGCCGAAAUUGUGUUAGGCACAAUUCAAAAUGUUAGAGAUGCGGUCACUUGGUUGGGCUACUCCUAUUUGUAUAUACGAAUGUUGCGCCAGCCCAAUUUGUAUGCAAUUUCCUAUGACGCUCUGAAGCAAGAUCCUUUACUCGAGCAGCAUCGUGCUGAUUUGGUUCAUACGGCGGCUGUGGUACUCGACAGAAGUGGUCUGGUUAAAUAUGAUCGGAAGACUGGACAUUUCCAAGUAACCGAAUUGGGUAGGAUUGCGUCCCAUUAUUAUUGCACCCAUGAAACGAUGUCCACCUACAACCAGUUAUUAAAACCCAUGCUCAGCGAAAUUGAAUUGUUCCGCGUAUUUUCUUUGUCUGGAGAAUUUAAGCACAUUGCGGUGAGGGAAGAAGAAAAGUUGGAAUUGCAGAAACUAAUGGAACGAGUUCCUAUCCCCAUUAAAGAAAGUAUUGAGGAGCCAAGUGCUAAAGUCAACGUUCUUCUGCAGGCCUACAUCUCCCAGUUGAAACUGGAGGGAUUCGCGCUGAUGUCAGACAUGGUCUUUAUAACACAGUCGGCGUCGCGUCUUAUGCGCGCCAUCUUUGAAAUCGUCUUACACAGAGGCUGGGCACAAUUGGCCGACAAAUCCUUGGCCUUAUGUAAAAUGAUUGACCGGCGCAUGUGGCAGUCAAUGUCCCCAUUGAGACAAUUUCGCAAAAUGCCCGAAGAAAUCGUUAAGAAGAUCGAAAAGAAAAAUUUCCCCUGGGAAAGAUUGUACGAUCUUGGGCCAAACGAAAUUGGAGAAUUAAUUCGCGUGCCCAAACUAGGCAAGACCAUUCACAAGUAUGUCCACCAAUUUCCAAAAUUGGAAUUAUCCACUCACAUUCAACCGAUCACACGGUCAACUCUUCGCGUUGAACUCACAAUUACCCCCGACUUCCAAUGGGAUGACAAGCUGCACGGUGCAUCUGAAGCAUUUUGGAUUUUAGUCGAGGAUGUCGAUUCCGAAGUAAUCUUGCAUCACGAGUACUUUUUAUUGAAAGCGAAAUUUUCUGCCGACGAACAUCUCAUCAAGUUUUUUGUACCCGUCUUCGAACCGCUUCCCCCACAAUACUUCCUGAGGAUAGUUUCCGAUCGCUGGAUCGGAUCAGAAACACAAUUGCCUGUUUCGUUCCGCCAUUUAAUCUUGCCAGAGAAAAACUUUCCACCCACCGAACUGUUGGACUUACAACCGUUACCGAUAACCGCCCUACGAAAUUCAAAAUUCGAAUCAUUGUAUGUAGAUAAGUUUCCUCAAUUUAAUCCCAUACAGACCCAAGUAUUUAAUGCUGUGUAUAACAGCGACGACAACGUGUACGUGGGCGCCCCGACGGGCUCUGGCAAAACUGCUAUAGCCGAAUACGCCGUCUUGAGAUUAUUCCAGCAAAACCCAGAGGCGCGUUGCGUCUAUUUGGUGCCGAAAGACGCGUUAGCCGAGUUGGUUUUUGCGGAUUGGCAUAAUAAAUUUGGUCAGCUUUUGAGCAAGAAAGUGGUUUUGCUUACUGGUGAAACUGGAACUGACCUAAAACUGCUGGCCAAGGGUCAAGUGGUGAUUUCGACCGCCGAGAAGUGGGAUAUCCUCUCCAGACGUUGGAAGCAAAGGAAGAAUGUUCAAAACGUUCAUUUGUUUAUCAUUGACGAACUCCAUCUUUUGGGGGGAGAAGAUGGGCCGGUUAUUGAAGUUGUGUGUUCGAGAAUGAGAUACAUUUCAUCACAAAUUGAACGCCCAAUCAGGAUCAUCGCUCUUUCCGCAUCGAUAGCGGACUAUCGAGAUAUAGCCCAAUGGUUGGGUUGCAAUGCGAACGCGACGUUCAACUUUCAUCCCAGUGUUCGGCCAAUAACAUUGGAGCUACACGUUCAAGGCAUCAAUAUCACACAUAAUGCCUCGCGUUUAAUUGCAAUGGCCAAACCUGUCUACAACUCGAUAAUUCGUCACAGUCCCCACAAGCCGGUAAUCAUUUUCGUACCCACACGCAAACAAGCACGAUUAACCGCAAUUGAUAUAUUAACAUACACAUCGGCAGAGGGACAACCCAACAGAUUUUUCCACGCAGAAGAAGAUGACAUCAAACCAUUUUUGGAUAGGAUGUCCGAUAAAACGCUAAAGGAGACUUUGUCGCAAGGAGUCGCAUACAUGCAUGAAGGUCUCACGGCCAGCGACCAUAGACUGGUAGAACAGCUAUUUGAUUCUGGCGCCGUUCAAAUUGCUGUCGUUACGCGAGAUUUAUGUUGGGCUGUAAAUAUCUCCGCCCAUCUUGUAAUAAUUAUGGAUACACAGUAUUAUAAUGGAAAAGUACACGCCUACGAGGAUUAUCCUGUUACCGAUGUACUACAGAUGGUUGGAAGAGCAAACAGACCACUAGAGGAUGACGAUGCUAAAUGUGUGCUGAUGUGCCAAAAUUCUAAAAAAGAUUUCUUCAAAAAGUUUUUAAAUGAUUCUCUUCCUGUUGAGAGCCAUUUAGAUCACAGGCUUCAUGAUCACUUCAACGCAGAAAUUGUUACUAAAACAAUAGAAAAUAAGCAAGAUGCAGUCGACUACUUGACAUGGACGUUUUUGUAUAGAAGGCUUACUCAAAAUCCCAAUUAUUACAACUUGCAAGGAGUGUCACAUCGCCAUUUAUCUGAUCACCUAUCAGAGCUUGUCGAAAACACAUUGUCCGAUCUAGAACAGUCAAAGUGUAUUAGCAUAGAGGAGGAGAUGGACUGUUUACCUUUAAAUUUGGGAAUGAUUGCAGCGUACUAUUACAUCAAUUACACAACAAUAGAAUUAUUCAGCUUAUCACUAAAUAACAAAACGAAGAUACGCGGAUUAUUGGAGAUAAUAUCGUCCGCAGCAGAAUACGAAGACAUUCCGGUAAGACAUCGCGAAGAUAAUCUACUUAGGAGUCUUUCGCAACGCUUACCCAACAAGUUAACGAGCGCCAGUGGUGGACAACCUAAAUUUAACGAUCCGCACAUCAAAACGAAUUUGUUACUGCAGGCACAUUUGUGUCGUAUACAGCUCGGCGCAGAAUUACAGGGCGAUACUGAGAUAGUGUUGGGAAAGGCGAUUCGACUAAUACAAGCUUGUGUUGAUGUACUGAGUUCGAACGGUUGGCUGUCACCUGCAGUUGCCGCUAUGGAAUUGGCACAAAUGGUUACUCAGGCAAUGUGGAGCAAAGAUUCUUAUUUGAAACAGUUACCACAUUUCAAUGCGGAUAUCAUUAAGAGAUGCUCAGAUAAGGGUGUCGAAACCGUAUUUGACAUAAUGGAGUUAGAAGAUGAAGAUCGGUCCAAAUUAUUACAGCUUAGUGAUACACAAAUGGCAGAUGUUGCAAGAUUUUGUAAUCGAUAUCCUAACAUCGAGUUAAGUUAUGAAGUUUUGGAUAAAGACCGUAUUCAUUCUGGCUCAUCAGUACACGUGGCCGUACAAUUGGAGAGAGAAGAUGAGGUAAACGGACCAGUCAUUGCACCAUUUUUCCCUCAGAAAAGAGAAGAAGGAUGGUGGGUUGUUAUUGGAGAUCCGAAGAGUAAUUCACUGUUGUCAAUCAAAAGACUAACUUUACAGCAGAAGGCAAGGAUAAAAUUGGAUUUUGUUGCUCCUAGUCCUGGGCAUCAUAGCUACACUUUGUAUUUUAUGAGUGAUGCAUAUUUAGGAUGUGAUCAGGAGUAUAAAUUUACCAUUGAUGUUGGUGAUUUUGAGUCGAGUGGUAGUGAAUCGGAGUAAUUAUUUCUGUAAUUAAAUAGAUUUAUCGUUUAUUU